AUCAGCAAAUAUGUGCUUUCACCGAUCUGUGAAAUGAGCUCAGUCACUCUUUGCAGCGACGUUUUACAGAAAAAGUCUGCCUGCGCAAGGUUUGAUCUGUAAAACACGGAUGCUCACCUCUGUCGACUAAAACGAAACAAUUCGACUAUCCAUAUUGUACGAGAUUUGUUAAUUCAUUCAACUUUAUUACUUUGACCUUUGCUUUUACAAAUAAUUAAUCCAGACUGAAAUAUGGAAGACCAAACAACAACUCCUGUUCGGGAGCAGCACAGGUUCAACACUGUCAAUCUUCAGCGAUAUCUGGCUGGAAAGGCACGAGGGGUGUCCAACAAUGACAGGUUCACUGUCAGACAAUACAGUGCUGGACAGUCCAACCCCACCUUCCUUAUCCAGACACCUUCUGACAGCUAUGUGCUGAGAAAGAAACCGCCUGGAAUGCUUCUGCCAGGGGCUCACAAGGUGGACAGAGAGUAUCGGGUGCAGAAGGCCCUGUUCUCUGCUGGGUUCCCAGUACCCCGGCCUCUACUACACUGCACUGACACAGGGCUGAUCGGAACUGAGUUCUACCUGAUGGAGCAUGUACAGGGGCGUAUAUUCCGGGACCUGAGGCUCCCAGGGGUGAGUGCAGCGGAGAGGGCAGCACUGUAUGUGUCUGCAGUGGAGGUUCUGGCCCGUCUUCACUCCUUGGACCUAACCACCAUGGACCUAGAGGGGUACGGGAGAGGGCCUGGAUACUGCAAGAGACAGGUGUCUACCUGGACAAAGCAAUACAGAGCAGCUGCCCACAAAGAAAUCCCAGUUAUGGAUAAGCUGUCUGAUUGGCUGUUGAGCAACCUGCCGACCAAUGACAAUGAAGUGGCCCUUGUCCAUGGGGACUUUCGAGUGGACAACCUGAUAUUCCAUCCUACUGAGGCUCGUGUGGUGGCUGUGUUGGACUGGGAGCUCUCCACCACGGGCCAGCCAAUGGCAGACCUGGCCUACUUCCUGAUGCCCAACUAUUGGCCUAGCAGCAUGAGCCUCCUCAGCAACAUGGGCAGCCUGAGGGGUGUGGAGGGUAUACCUUCUCCUGAGGACCUGAUCUCCAUCUACUGCCGCUGCCGGGAGAUCCCAUCUUCUCUGCCUCAGCUCAAUUUCUACCUGGCCCUCUCUGUCUUUAAGAUGGCAGGGAUCGCUCAGGGGGUCUAUGCGCGCCACCUCCUGGGCAAUGCCAGUGCUCCCAAUGCUGCCCAGUUUGGCCAGAGUGUGGAGCUGUUGGCCCAGGUUGGGCUGCAGAUUGCAGAGAGCCCCUCCAGGUCGGUCCAUGCUGAUGCCAGACUGUUCCUCCAGACGGCUAAAGGCCAGGCUGUCCACCGGCAGGUCACAGAGUUCAUGAAACAACACGUGCUUCCUGCUCAGCAGGAAGUGGCAGAGUACUACUCUAAACACGCCCACUCGCCCCAGAGAUGGCACACUCCCCAGGUGAUAGAGGAUCUGAAGGUGAAGGCCAGAGAGGCGGGGCUGUGGAACCUCUUCCUACCAGCAGUCAGCGGUCUCAGUCAGCUAGACUAUGCCCACAUCGCAGAGGAGACGGGACGAUGCCUCUACGCCCCCGACAUCUUCAACUGCCAGGCCCCUGACACAGGGAACAUGGAGGUCCUCCACAUGUUUGGUACUGAGGAGCAGAAGAGAGAGUGGCUCCAGCCCCUGCUCAGUGGACAGAUCCGCUCCUGCUUCUGUAUGACAGAGCCUGAUGUGGCCUCCAGUGACGCCACCAACAUGGAGUGUACCCUUCAGAGGGACCAAGACCAUCACAUCAUCCACGGGAGGAAGUGGUGGAGCAGUGGUGCUGGUAACCCAAAGUGCAAGGUGGCUAUCGUGAUGUGCAAGAGCAAGUCGAAUAACACUCAAAACAGACACGGUCAGCACAGUAUGAUCCUCGUCCCACUGGACACCCCUGGUGUGAACGUGAUCAGACCGUUGACCGUAUUUGGACAGGACGAUGCUAUUCACGGCGGACAUUUUGAGAUCCACUUCGACAACGUGCGUGUGCCUGCUUCCAACAUUAUUUUGGGUGAGGGCCGGGGCUUUGAGAUAGCCCAGGGUCGUCUCGGUCCUGGCAGACUGCACCACUGUAUGAGGGCCGUAGGAUCUGCUGAAUGGGCCCUGGAGCUGCUGUGUCAACGCGCUGCGCAUAGACACACCUUCGGCAAAAAACUCUACCAGCAUGAGGUUGUGGCCCACUGGAUAGCAGAGUGUCGCCUGGCCAUAGACCAGACUCGCCUACUGACCCUGCAUGCUGCUCACGCUCUGGACACACUGGGCAGUAGGACCGCCAGGAAACAGAUUGCCAUGAUCAAGGUGGUUGCUGCCAGGAUGGUGUGUAAGGUGGUGGACUGCGCAAUCCAGGUGUAUGGGGGUGCGGGCGUAUCUGGAGACUUCCCCCUCGCUCAGAUGUAUGCGUACGCCAGGACACUGCGCAUCGCAGACGGGCCAGACGAGGUGCACCUGUCGUCCAUUGCCCACCUGGAGCUCAGGGACCAGCUGAGGAAGGCCCAGGCCAAGCUGUGAUGUCAUGCAGGGGUUAACAGCAUGGGUUAACACAGGCAGCCCUCAGAUAGACCGCAGGGUAAUGGAAGGGUUAAUAGAGGUUUUAACACAGGUUAAUAGAGCCAUAAUGGAGCUGCAUCUGUCACGGGAGCGACGGCGAUUGAUUGACAGGCCAAUCUCACCUACAAAUCACUGUGGAUGUCAAUCAUAGAUCUCCACAUACAGAGAUUCUAAGAUUUGCAUAUCUAAAACAUGAUGAUGAUCAACUCUUGCUCUGCCUUAAUGUGAUUGUGGUGGAAUAGCAGUCUACUGUAUUAUGGUGUGAAGAUCUGUCAGAACAAGUGUUGUGUCUGCUGGACUACAGAUGAUGCUAACAAAAUGGGUAUCAUGUUUUUUGAUUCUAUAAAAUGUAGUAAUUUAUAACUAAAAUGGCGUAUACUGCCUUAAUAUGCUCAUAAGAUAUAUAAAUAAAGAUUUGGAUAUGCUGUAAAAUCGCA